CCCUGCGGCUCACCGAGCGGCUCGAUUGACUACAAUGAACCGCGCAAAGAGCAAAAGACAGACACCUGUUCCGCGCGGCGGCCCUGGCGCGAGCUGCUCUCCCCGAUACCCGCGGUGGGCAGGAAGGCGAGGCGGCGGCUGACGAGCCGAGGAUCCAGGCUGAAUCAGGGUCGGGGUUAGGGUCGCGGUCCUUCUCCCACCCCUCAGCAGCUAUAUUCCUACUUUAUUAUAAAGAACUGAAGCCCCAGCAUCCGUAAAAAAGCUGGAAAACAUUUUUAGUUAGUGCCUGGCAUUAUUGACCUGUCAGACUCUUCUUCCUGAGGCUGAGUUCCAUGUUGACCUACACCAUGGCAUUGGAGUGCUUCAAAAACUGCUGCAAGAUCUUCCUGCACAAGGACAAGGGGGUCGAGGACCAGAUGAUAAAAGUGACGCCAGCUCCCACCAAGACAGUGAUAACAAGGCAAGCUCCUGAUGGCCAGAAGAAGGUGCCCGGGGUGUCGGAGGACUAUCUCAUAUCCAAGCUACCCCCGGACGGGAGGGAAGUGCCCUUUGUGGUCCCCCUCUUCCGACCUUCCUACGUCCAGCCCAGUGGCUCCCUGUAUUCCGCCUACCAGAAAGGUCUGCAAGGCUCGGCCCGGGGCGCCUAUGCUGACAGGAAGGCUGAACUUUCUGGGACCGGUCACGUUGUCUUCAACCCCAGCAGCAAUCUCUACCACAGUAGCGUGGUCGACUUAGUGUCCCCUGGGUCGGCACGGAGACCCAUGCCCGGAAGCAAGACUGCUGCCCUGCAUGGAUCUGUGUGGGAUCUGAGAAACAGGAAAGAUUUUUCGAGCUCCGCACUGGACCUCCCUCACCCUCAGAGUCACAUGCAGCGCUACGAUUCGGUGUCCAGCGUACAGAGCAGCACGUCUUCCAUGAGAGACUCCCUUGGAAGCAGCCGUAGCCUGGAGUCCAUCACACUGUCUGGAGAUGAGAGAGAGACGGGGAAGCUGAAUAUCCGGCUGAGUUACCAGGAGGCCCGGGAGCAGGUCUGGAUAACGCUAGUGCAGUGUAAAGACCUGAACAUCUCGACGGACUGUGGAGAGCAGCAGAAGGUUGGGAUCAAAGGGGUCAUCACCGUGCCGAAGCCAGUGCAGUUCAAGAGCUCCAUCAAGGAGGGCUCUUCUGAUGUGGAGUUCAUGGAGACGUUUGUCUUUGCGCUGCCACUGCAGCAGCUACGCACAGCAGGCCUCGCGUUCCGCCUGCAGACCCACGUCCCCCGCAAGCGCACGCUGGGUGAGUGCGCUCUCUCCCUGCGCCAGCUGGGGCCUCAGGAGACCCAGCACUGGCUGGAGGUCCGACCGCCAUCCAAAGCCCCAGUGUGCCAUGCGGAGUUACACCUGGGCACUUGUUUCCAGGCUGUCAGUGGACGCAUUCAGUUCCAGGUGCUGGGAGCACAGAACAUCUCCACUUCCUCAGCACCUUUCAGCCAAAGCAUCUUUGUGAAAGUAGAGAUGCACGCACUGGGUAGGCUUGUGACCAGGAAGAAAACACGUGUCAUGAGGUCCUCUGGCGGUCAGGUACGGUGGGCGGAGACAUUCCUGUUCCCUCUGGCAGCACAUGAACAAGGACUUUACUUUUUGGUCAAGCUGUACAGCCGCAGCUCCGUGCGCAGAAAGCACUUUCUCGGUCAGGUGCACCUGGGCUUCGAGAGCCCCUCCGCUGAUGCUGUGGAACAAUGGAGGGACACCAUCACACACCCUGAAAAGUUGGUGAUCUGGUGGCAGAAAGUGAGUGGCAGCUGAGAGACCCGAGGGCUCACAUGCAACUACUCCUGCCAGUGUGCACUGGACUUAUGCUCUGUCCGCUCCGUCCGCUCCAGCCCAACCGUUUGCCUGUCAUUAACCUGCUGUAGAACCCACGUUCCAGCUCUUCCACUGUCGCAUGUACUGCUGCUUGUGCUCCUGAAAGAGACUUGACCUAGGGACACUCAAUCUGACAGUGAUGUAGCAUGAUGCCAGAUGUAUGUUGUCUAAUGGUGUCCUUCUGAAGACAUAAAUGCUAGUGUCAGGGUCCCAGCAGAGGCUAGAUAGUAAGCUGUUUUCUUGGCUGUGGAAGUCCUGGCAAGAUUGUGUGAUGGAGAAAGACAACUAACUAUGAAAACAGUUCUUGCAUUUUGUCUGAUAACCUAAAGUACUUCUAUAAUUUCAUGCAUCUGAAAUUUUAUUGCAUUGCUCCUGGAACUAGCCUGUAUCCUUAUGGAAAGGAGCUCCAUGUAGCUCAAAUUUAAGCAUCUGUGUGCCUAUGAAAAUUAUAUAUACACAUUUUAUUUAUCACAAAGAUGUAUAGAUAAAAGGAACUGUAAUACUGAGAAUUUUAAUCCUCAAUGGGAAAAAAUAGUAGUGCUUGGUUUUAAAUAUUGUUGCUAAAAAAAAUAUUUUGUACUGAAGUGUUUCACUGUUGACUUUUUUUUUGUA